UCGAAGGCCCACUUCCACGGAAACCCUAGCCUCCGAUAUAUAAGCUCCCCUCUAGCGCCCCCUGCCCGAGCCCUCGCACGCGCGCCGCCAUCUCCCCGCCUACGCCGCAGCAGCCGCCUCCUGCUACCCGCCGCCGAGAUGACGAAGCGCACCAAGAAGGCUGGAAUCGUCGGCAAGUAUGGUACCAGGUAUGGUGCCAGUUUGCGUAAGCAGAUCAAGAAGAUGGAGGUGUCUCAGCACUCCAAGUACUUCUGUGAAUUCUGUGGGAAGUUUGCUGUGAAGAGGAAAGCUGUUGGAAUUUGGGGAUGCAAGGACUGUGGCAAGGUCAAGGCUGGCGGCGCCUAUACCAUGAACACUGCUAGUGCAGUCACCGUCAGGAGCACGAUCCGUCGCUUGAGGGAGCAGACCGAAGCAUGAUUGCACUACUGUUGUCUUGAGGAAUUCAGGGGUUCUGUAGUGGAGUGAAGACUUACCAAUCUCUGUAUUUUGGCUAUUGAGCGAUCUGUUAGUAAUUUUGGUUCUGAUUUUAGGAUCUUUGAAACAUGAAAGUAUGUCCCUACAGUUGCCUGUUAUGCGUUAUGCCAACCUAUUUUUAUUUUUA